GGCUAACAACGUCGGCCAGUACUUUAUGGGAGUCACGUAUCUGAGUGUAUAAUCCGCGUAUAUUCGAGGUCGAAACGCCCAGUGUGCACAAUCGAAAGUGAAAGACCAAGAAUUAAUCAAUAACAAUACGACAAAGUGUAAAGACUGUGGGAAAAACCGCACUCGCGAUUUACAUUAAUCGACUGCAAAUAAACAACGACAAUGAAGUCGAAAGCAGUGGGAAUUCUCAUCGUUUGCAGUCUCCUGCAGCUCGCAGUGCACGCACAGCAAAGAUGCCGUAACCCCAAUCAAAAUUUCGGCUACUGCAUAUCGAUCUAUGAUUGUCCCAGUCUCAUCGAGGUCCUUCAACGCAUUUCACUUACAAGUAGUGAUCGAAGCUUUCUGCUUGAAUCUCAAUGCUCAAAUGGAUUUGGACGUCAGCCUUAUGUCUGCUGCACAGCCGAUCAGAGCUAUGCGGGUCGCAUAAGCACGCCCCCACCAGUAACGCCCACACAAACAGCGCCCACCCAAGCGCCCAGACCCACAACACUUACACGCGGCAAUGGGCUAGGAAAUGUGUUGCCUUCUCCACCAAAUUGCGGGCCCGAUUCAUUUUCGGAUAAAAUCUACAAUGGCAACGAUACGGCUAUAGAUGAAUAUACAUGGAUGGUCCUAUUGGAAUAUGUGGAUAAGACUGGUCGACGUGUGCUUAAUUGUGGAGGCAGCCUAAUCAAUAGCCGAUAUGUAUUGACUGCCGCCCAUUGUGUGGUUGGACCUAUUGAAACCGAAGUGGGUCGCCUGACCACAGUUCGCUUGGGAGAGUACGACAUCAGCAAAGAUGUGGACUGUGUGCGAGGUGAUUGUAACAAACCCAUUAUAGAACUGGGCAUUGAACGGGCCAUACCGCAUCCGGAGUUCGAUGCUGCGAGUGCUAGUCGUCACCAUGAUAUUGCUCUGAUACGUUUGGAUGCCGAUGUGGAACUCAGUCCUUAUAUACAGCCCGUGUGCCUGCCCCUGGCGAGCACACGGCAAGCAAUAAAUGCUGGAGAGACUCUGACUGUUAGCGGCUGGGGCCGGACAUUAUUAGCGCGACAGAGCAACAUUAAGCAGCAUCUGAAUCUUCCAGUCACAGAUCACGACCAGUGCGCUCAGAAGUUCUCCUCGAGACGCAUUCAGUUGCUCGAUUCGCAGCUGUGUGCUGGUGGCGAAUUCGCACGCGAUAGCUGCGAUGGGGACUCUGGUGGUCCGCUGAUGCGUCGUGGCACCUCGAAGAACUGGUAUCUGGAAGGCAUUGUUUCGUUUGGCAAUCGCUGUGGGCUGGAAGGCUGGCCAGGUGUGUACACGCGCGUGGCCGAUUAUAUAGAAUGGAUUCAGGCGAACCUACAACCCUGAAGUUGAACGCUUUGUUCAAAUUAAGUUUUAAUUAAAGCCAAGUCGAGUGUUACACUUAAA